AUGAAUCAUACUUACAAUAUUUCCGAUCCUCUUAAUUUAACUUCUUCGGCUAUUAUCCUAGCGCUCGGGAUAUUCGGAAUAGUUUGCAACGCCAUGGUAAUUUAUGUUUUCUUUAAAAUCCGAAUCGAGAGAACAUCAUUCAAUUUCAUUUGUGUUUGCAGAGCAGUUUGUAACAUAUUCAUAUUAGUAUGGGGAUUUCUUGGAACAUUUCUACCCAUUACUUUCCUGAACGAUCUCUUAUUUUCUUUUGAAUAUCAUACGAUCGUAAUUGGUUCGUGUAAUAGCGUUUACAAAUCUCUUCAGUAUAGUGGACUUCUGAUUGCUGUAAAUCGCUUUUGUGCUAUUUUUCUUUCUGUAUUGUAUGCCAAGAUUUUCAAUCUGAAGUUCACAAUUAUCAUCACAUUCAUCGUUUUUGGUUACGAAAUCGCUAAAGUCAUUUAUGAAUUCAUUACUUUUGUCAUUCGUUUGAAAUGUUAUCUCAUUUUCUUCCCGUACGAUCUCGCUUGGGUUCCCAGAAUACCUGAAGAAUGCCAUGAUGGAAUAGAAGGAACAGUAAACUUUACAGCGAUUUUUCUCGCAUUGAUUGUUGCUAUAAAUUUGGCAACUUUCUCGAAAAUCUAUCUUUUUUACAAGUCGACUGAAAUGGAUUCAGAAGAGAUCAGGAUCCGAAUUUAUCCUGAUGAUGUUCAACGAACGAUUGUCUCUUCUCAAGAAACAUUUGUUCUAUACGUCUUCUACUCCUUCUACAGUUUCCACUGCAACUCGUACCAGAAUGUUUGCGAUGGAAUCUUAGUUAUCCGAAUCAUUCCAUUAUUUUUGAUCUGA